AUGGAUUUGAAAAGGGAUUGGUUACGAUGGAAAAUUACAAUAGGUAGUGGGCCUGGCAGUAUUGUGCUGGAUUUCCCAUCAUUUUUGGUAGGGUGCGUAUUCACAACAAUGAUGGGGCCAAUAUUACAGAAGCUUAUAGGUAAACUUUUGGUAGGUUUAAUAACGGUAUGCAAAUUCUUAGUUAUUAUUGGAAGCAUUGUCUUCGUUAUCGGAGUUGCAUCAAAGAAAUACACAUAUGACGAUUUCAAAGUAAGUAUAAAAAGAUCAGGAGAGCCAGGGGAAUCACAUGAUAUGAGGACUGAACCAAAAAGAACUGCGAAAACGGCAACUGUUCCAAUGGAGAAAGACGAGGGCGUAGGUUCUUAUAAUUAUUUUGAAAUACCUAUAACGAAAGAAACAUCUACAAUUCCUUAUAUUAAUUGUGAUGGCACGAGCUCACUUAGAAAGCCACCCAACGGUCCAUCAAGCGUAGGCUUAUCUAACUCCAACAGAUACGAAAAUUUUAUAAACAUGGCACGACAUAAAUAA